AUGCGCGCAACGCGCUAUUAGCAACUAACGCGAGGGAGAGCGAUGAGAGUCCAAGGGCUUCAAAGAAGAGGAGGAGAAUCCAGGGCGACGACCGAGACGACUGCGUCGCGCAGCGCUCAUCUUCGCCGAUGCUUCUUCUCUCGCUUCUCGCGAGGUCGUCUUGAUCGUUGCCGCCGCUAUAAAUCUCGCGAAUGUAAGUCACCAUUCCAUCGCAGCGCAGAUUUCCAGCGAUUCUCUCCUCUGGAUCGCCUCUAGCUCGCAGAUUUCCUCCCCAUCUCGCUCCCUCUAGCUUUCUUGGUUCUUGAUCAGACCCUCGGGCAGCGCAUCGCGUGAAUCGGCUCCGAAAUAUCGCAUUCCCGUAGCAGCGCCGAUCGAUCGAAACCCUCUCCGGGGAAAUAUCGCGGCGAUCCUUCCGUCCUCCAUGGGCGUGUCGACUGCUCCACUGGCCGAUUGGCCAUGGGAAACGCUCGGGAAUCUCAAGUACAUAAUGUUUGCGCCAUUUGUCGCUAAAGCGGCGCACUCCCAUUUUUUCGCCGCUCGGCAUUCUUCCACCGAUUCCUGGUGGUUCCAUCUCGUCCUCCUCGUUCUCUUGAGGUACCUCCAGCAGCAGGCAUGGAUCACGGUCUCCAGGCUCUACUUCCUUGUCAAGAAGUACCAGAUUCAACAGUUUGCGCUGAGCUACGAGCAAGUGGAUCGGGAAUUCCACUGUGACAACCAUAUGAUCUUCCAGUCCCUGGCAUUAGCGGCAGCCCAUGUUUGGAUCCCUGCCUUUAGAGAUCUCCCGCUUUUCAACUGGACUGGGCUUCUACUACUCGUCUUCUUCCAUGUCGUCUUCACGGAGCCGAUUUACUACUUUGUCCACCGAGCAAUGCAUAGCUCUCACAUACUCUUUUGCAACUAUCACUCGCUCCAUCACGCGUCCACUACUCCAGAGCCAGCAACCGCUGGAACAAGAACUUUCCUCGAGGAAUUGAUACAAGCUGCGCUUAUUGCGAUUCCAAUCAUCGGUGUCAUGGCUCUUGGUGGGGGAUCCGUGGUCAUGAUCUAUGCCUACCUCUUGAGUUUCGAUUUCUUCAAGCAGCUGGGUCAUUGCAAUUUUGAGAUUGUUCCCGAAGCUCUCUUCAAGGCGUUUCCACCGCUCAGAUAUCUCGUCUACACGCCGUCAUAUCAUUCUUUGCAUCACACCGAACUGGAAACCAAUUUUUGUUUAUUCAUGCCCCUGUUUGACGUGCUCGGGGGCACGCUCAGCAAACACACACGAGCUGUGCACAAAUCUCUACGCCAAGGCCGAGAGGAAGAAGUUCCCAGCUUUGUGUUCUUGGCACACUGUAUCGACAUUCUUUCAUCGAUUCACGUUUCUUUUGUUUCUCGGACGUUCUCUUCUGUGCCGUACACUAUCAGCUUGUCCUUCCUCUACAUGUACGUCUUCUGGCCUCUCGGGCUCGUUGCAUUCUUCGCCUUGUGGGCUUGGGGGCGAGUUUUUGUGGCCUAUCAGUACAUGUUACGGGGUCUUCAUGCCCAAACAUGGGUCGUUCCUAGAUACGGUAUUCAUUAUUUUUUGCCAUUCGGCUUAGAUUCAAUCAAUAACAUCAUCGAGAAGGCUAUAUUACAAGCAAAUGAGAUGGGUGUCAAGGUCAUUAGCCUUGCCGCAUUGAACAAGAACGAAGCACUCAACGGAGGUGGAUUGUUGUUUGUCAAGAAGCAUCCUGACUUGAGAGUCAGGGUGGUUCACGGGAACACCCUGACAGCCGCGGUGGUCCUCAACGAGCUCCCGGCCGAAGUGGAAGAGGUGUUCCUGACAGGAGCAACGUCCAAGCUGGGCCGGGCCAUCGCUCUCUACUUGUGCAGAAAGGGAGUUCGCGUGCUGAUGUUGACUAGUUCCAGAAGUCGCUACGAAUCCAUUCUGAGCGAGGCCGCCGCGGAGCACCGUAGAAACCUGGUUCAUGUCACUAAAUACCAAGCUGGCCAGUACUGCAAGAGAUGGAUCAUUGGCAAGUGGGUUACCGAACGAGAGCAAGGAUUUGCGCCGGUGGGGACGCACUUCCACCAGUUUGUCGUGCCGCCAGUGCAGGAGGUGCGCAGCGACUGCACAUACGGGAAGCUGGUUGGGAUGAAACUUCCCAAAGACGUGGCCGGAGUCCACACUUGCGAGUAUAUAAAUGACCGAGGGGUUGUUGCUGCCUGCCAUGCCGGGGGUUUGCUGCACGCACUGGAGGAGUGGAGCCACCACGAAGUGGGAAGCAUUGAUGUGGAGAGAAUCGACACGGUCUGGCAAGCAGCUUUGAGCCGGGGCUUCACGCAGGUGUAAGUGGCAGCGGGUCUUUUUCCUUCGGAGUUCACGUUCGAGCAGAGAGAGAACAGCCAUGCCAGCAGCGACACCAGGUACCUUCAAUUCCUCCACACUUGGAUUGGAUUGGAUUGGAUCCACACUCGCAGUAGCAGCAGCAGCCAGCCAGCAGACAAAGCAAGCAGAGAUGCUCACUCAAAAGCAGGGAAAGUAGAUUCACAAGGCUCAAACGAAGAACACAAGAAGAAAAGAAGAAGUGGAGAAAGGUUCUAUAUGGUUUUGAGGAUAGCUUUAGCUGGAUGAUUAUUAUUUGCUCACUGCCUCUGCGAUUCAUGGCAAUGCAGUGAGAGCCACUUUUCAAGGAUUGAAUGACAAUCCAAAUCUUUGUUAA